GCAAAGGUGAAGGUGAAUCCUUUGGUUUCAAUGAGCUUAUCAUGGUCUUCUGCUAUCUCCUCCUUCACCUCUUCAGCCAACCAGACCCCUCCAAAGGCACGGCGUCGUUUUGGUGUGGAAUCGCUGAAGCGGAGUUCGAAAGCAGCGAGUGUGGGGCUGGUGAAGGACUCGAAGAAGGAGUUGUCACGCAUUCUCCGAACCGAAUCAGCCAUCAGAGGCGUCGAAAACAAGGCCACUUCCUCCACCCACAGACAGCUAUGGCCCAAGGCUCUGCUCCAAGCCCUCCACGACGCCAUCAAACGAUGUCGUUCCCACACCUCUCUCCAGAUAUUUGCGCUUCUUCGUAAGCAAUACUGGUAUGAACCGCGAUGUCAAACGUAUGCAAAGCUGUUGAUGAUGCUUGGCAAGUGUAGGCAGCCUGAAGAGGCUUCUGUGCUCUUUGAGACCAUGUUGUCUGAAGGGCUUAAACCUACUGUUGAUGUUUACACUGCUCUUGUAAGUGCUUAUGGUCAAAGUGGUCGUCUUGAUCAGGCUUUUUCUACUGUUGAAGAUAUGAAGUCAGUUGUUGACUGCGAACCUGAUAUAUAUACAUAUUCUGUUCUUAUCAGUUGCUGUGCGAAAUUUUGUCGUUUUGAUUUGAUUGAACAUGUUCUUGCUGAGAUGUCAUAUCUGGGCAUCCAAUGUAACUCUGUGACGUAUAAUUCCAUAAUUGAUGGAUAUGGUAAGGCUGGCAUGUUUGAACAGAUGGAUAAAGCAUUGAAUGAUAUGAUUGAAAACGACAACUGCCACCCAGAUGUUUUCACACUGAACAAUUUUGUUGGAGCAUAUGGAAAUGCUGGGCAAAUUGAUAAGAUGGAGAAGUGGUAUGAUGAAUUUCAGCUAAUGGGUAUACAGCCAGACAUAAUGACAUUCAAUAUGAUGAUUAAGUCCUAUGGCAAAGCUGGCAUGUAUAAGAAGAUGAUGACUGUUAUGGAUUUCAUGGAGAGGAGGUUUUUCACUCCGACAGUUGUAACAUAUAAUACUGUCAUUGAGGUGUUUGGCAAAGCUGGAGAGAUUGAGAAGAUGGAUCAACACUUUCUGAAAAUGAAGCAUCUAGGAGUGAAGCCAAAUUCUAUAACUUAUUGCUCACUUGUCAGUGCAUAUAGCAAAGUUGGACGUAUUGACAAAGUUGACUCAAUCAUGAGGCAUGUUGAAAAUUCUGAUGUAGUAUUGGAUACUCCCUUCUUUAAUUGCAUAAUUAGUGCCUAUGGUCAGGCUGGUGACUUAAAAAAGAUGAGUCAGUUAUUCUUGGCUAUGAGAGAAAGAAAAUGCGAACCUGAUAACAUUACUUUCGCGUGCAUGAUCCAGGCAUACAAUGCCCAAGGCAUGACUGAGGAUGCUCAAAAGUUGGAAAACCUGAUGAUUUCUGUGAAAACAAGCUUGGGCGCUAAGUUGAUUGGAUGCUAGCAUGGAUAAUUGGGAUUCAAGACUUAGCAAUUCUACUCAACAUUUUCCAUGAUGAUUUUGAUUUGGAAAGAUUUGAGAACUUCUGCAGGGAAUCUAUAGAUGAUACAGCAUUGGAGUGCACAUUGCCCGAAGAUUUAAAAAAAUGUUGGGUUUAUUUAUCAUAAUCUGAAGAGUGGCUUCAAUUAAAUUCGUUGUCCGGAAUACCAUCAUGUACGCUACUCAGUCAACCAAUUGGGCUUCCAAGUUUGCAUCAAUGGUGGGUCUUUGUUUUGGUCAGGUGUUCAAUCUUGAAGACAAACUAUGAUACCAAUGCUUUGCAGUAUAUACAGCUCAUACACACCUCGCUUACCAAUGGAUUGUAGUGCGACUAAUGGAUGGAUUGGUGCAGCCCAAAUUGCCAAAAGGCCAACACACCCUUUAACAUUUUUCACUCGACAUACUCUCUUCUACUUGGUGAAAUUUAUGUGGGUCCCAUCAAAUAUGAUUCUCUUUUCUCAUGAGGUAGGUUUCAUUCCUAAAGUAGUAGGACCUACAUGAAUUUUAACAAAUAAGAAAUAGUGUGUUAAAAAGAAAGUCCUCAAAGCAAAUGAGUGGCACACCAACUUAUUGCAUAGUUUGUAAAUAUUGUAUGAAGUUUAACAAAGUCCCUCGUUCGUGAAUUAAUCAUUCACUUGAACGUUUUCUUACUACAUCGUGUACCAAUUUUUUGCUUUCUAUUCAGGUAGGCUAAAAUUCUUU